AUGAAUCUCAAGUGCGUGGUUCUCCUGCUGUCGAUCGGUGCAUCGGCCGCCCUGGUCAGGGGCGCGUCCAUCGAGGAGACCAUAUUCGACAAGGGAUACCGAUCGCUGCAUCGGCUGUACGAGGAGUGCCAGCAGCGAAAUGGUGGUGUGUCACCCUGUCUCAAGAAGAAGGCCAUCGCCUUCUUCGAGCGAUUGGGGAGGAUCGACAGUCUUCCCAUCUCCGAGAACUUGGAGCUCGUUAAAGUACCUGGUGUGAAUUACACGUACCCGCAAACCGGGGAUAUUGAGAGUCUCGGACGUGCUGGCGCCUCCAGGGAUGACGCUCUCAAUGACAUUCUGUUGGAGAGAAUUUCCAAUCUGAUGAAUGGCUUCAACAUUCAGAUCAGAUUACCGAAAACCUCGUCCGGUGAGCUCAAACGAAGUAUGGAGGAGGGACGCGGGAAGAUGAAGAAGAUGAUGGGCAUGAUGAUGAUGGGUAUGACCAUGAAGAUGGCUGCACUUGUGCCGAUAGCUAUGGGUGUUCUGUUCCUUCUCGCCGGUAAAGCCCUCAUAAUCAGCAAGAUUGCACUCGUGUUGUCUAUGAUCAUUGGACUGAAGAAAUUGCUGAGUCAGAAGCAGGGGGGCGGUCAUGACUCCCACGGAGGAUGGCAGAGCGGUGGUGGUGGUGGUGGUGGAUGGGACAGGAGUCUCAAGGAUGUGCCACGGGUGCAGCCGAACGAUGUCACUGAUGGAUACGCGCAGAAUCUCGCUUACAGCGCACAGAAGCCACAACAGCUGUAG